AUGCCUAUAACACAUUCCACUGCUGGGGUCGCUGACACCUUUGCAUACAAGCAGGCGCUCGAGCUCGGUACUGGUGUGAAUGUGGCAAAAAAGAGCGGCUUCAAAAGUUGGCUGACUCAUUUGAGGCUCCACAGAGCGUUGGUUGUGGCGAAAGAGUCAGAGCUGACUCGAGAGCUGCGGCAGAUGCGGCAGGCACAUCGCAGGGAGACGAGGUUCAAUCCGCAGUCUACUGUCGGUAUUCUGGACGAUACUCAUCUUCCCACGUUGGUCGCUACUGAGGGGGCUAGGAAGGCGAGUGAGGAACUGCGAAAGUAA